AUGAAAACACUAAGUUGGAACUGCCGAGGGCUUGGGAACCCUCGGACAGUUCAGGAUCUCUGCCAUAUGGUGGAGGAUAAGAAGCCCAGUGUUGUGUUUUUGAUGGAAACAAAGUUGAGGAAAACAAAAGCUGAGAGUUUAAGGAGAAGAUUAAAAUUUGAGGGAUGCAUGGUAGUUGAAGCAGUAGGGUUGAAAGGGGGCUUGAUAAUGAUGUGGGACCAUAUGAUAGAAGUUGAGGUGGAGAAUUUUUCUGUUUGGCAUAUAAGUGUAUGGAUUAAAGAACCAGAAUGUGCAGAGAGAUGGUUGUUAACAGGCUUCUAUGGACAGCCUGAUUCUAGUUUAAGAGAAGCAACAUGGAGCCUUUUAAGUUCUUUAAAACCACAGAGUGAUAGGGGCUGGUGUGUGCUAGGUGACUUCAACGAGAUCCUAGCUCAUGAUGAGAAGUUUGGAGGGAAACAAAGACCAGAAAGACAGAUGGUCAGAUUUAGAGAGGUGCUAGAGGAGGGGGGUUUGUUUGAUUUGGGUUGGAGAGGGGAUAAAUUCACCUGGAGCAACAAGCAUGAAGAUGAGACUUUUACUAAAGAAAGGUUAGAUAGGGCUGUUGCCAAUUCAAAAUGGAUGGACAACCAUACAGAAGGAUGGGUGGAGAUGUUGGUGGCCAGGUGCUCAGAUCAUAGGCCCAUCUUGCUGAACAAGAGUUUGAGAGUAGGCUUGGGAGGUAGAUACAAGAAGCUAUUCAGAUUUGAAACUAGUUGGGCACUUGAUGGUAAUUGUGAAGAAAUUGUCAAAACAGUUUGGAAAGAAGUCAACAGAGAUGGGAUACCUACCAUGGAGAUCUUACACAAGUUGGCUAAGAUAGAAGGAGCCCUUUCUCAAUGGAGCAAGCUCAUGGUUACUGAUCAAAAAAAGAUUCUAGCAGAAAAGACUGCUCAAUUGAGAAGGCUACAAGAACAAAAAGACAGUCACAACACAGCAGCUAUAAAAGACCUUCAAAAGGAAUUAGGAGUCAUGUUGGCAAAGGAGGAUUUGAAGUGA